AUGUCCUUCACCGUGGCGCAGAGGCAAAGGGCCGUCGGCCUGUACAAGCGACUGCUGCGCACAUCGCGCAAGACGUUCGACGGCGAUGCGGUCGCCAUUGCAGCCGCACGCGACGAGACUCGGCGCCGGUUCAAGGAGGCUGCCAAGGAGACCGACGCUACCAAGAUCGACGACGGCCUCAAGAUGGGCGACGAGAUCGUCUCGGUGCUGCGCCAGAACGUCGUGCAGGGCAAGUGGCGACAGGAGAAGGAGGCGUACGAGCUGCGCAUGACCAAGGACACCGAGCUCGGCAACAACGACAGCAUCAAGGAAGCGAGGGCCAAGCAGAUCGCCGACCUCAAGGCUGGCAAGAAGCCCGAAAGGAAGAGCUGCCGCGAGAUGGCCGCGCAGUACCAAGCAGCCUCCGCAUCCACCUCUUCUCUCGGUGCAUCGUCGUCGUCUUCGGCACCCCGUCAGAUGCGCGCCUACUCUUCGAUGUCGGCUCGUCCCGCUUCGACGAUCCUCGCGCAGGCCACCAGCUUCCAGUCGCAACGCAGCGGCUUUGCAUCGUCUGCGACCGCAUCGAUCCGAGAUCCCUCGGCCGCAUCCCAGGCACCGCUGCCCCGACCCGUGCCCAAGUUUAGCUCCACCACCAUCCUCGCUGACGGCUCCUCGAUCCAGCUCGCCACCACUUCGCCGCGUCGGCUCACACGUCUGACGCGUGAUCCCACCAACCACCCACUGUGGAACCCAGGCCAGGAGCGCAAGGUGGGCGGUGAUGCAGACGACGACAGUGGCCGUCUGGGUCGCUUCCGCAGAAGGUUCCAGGAGGCAGAGGCUGCUGGUGCUGCCGAUGGAAAGGCCAAGUCGCAGUCGGGCGGCGACGUCAAGUUCGGCCAGGAGGAUCUGGACUGGAUGAGUGUGGGUGGUCGCGAGGCUCGCGCCGGCUCGCCCAUCGCCGCCAAGAAGGCCGCCAAGGGCAAGGGCCGCAAGUAG